AUGUCCACCGCCGAGCUCGCUUCCUCCUACGCUGCUCUCAUCCUGGCCGAUGAGGGUAUUGAGAUCACCGCCGACAAGCUCAGCACCAUCAUCUCUGCCGCCAAGCUCGAGGUUGAGCCCAUCUGGACUCAGCUCUUCGCCAAGGCUCUCGAGGGCAAGGACGUCAAGGAGCUCCUCCUGAACGUCGGCUCCGGCUCUGGUGCCGCUGCCCCCGCUGCUGGUGGUGCCGCCGCCUCUGGCGCCGCUGCCGAGGACGCUCCCGCCGAGGAGAAGGCCGAGGAGAAGGAGGAGUCCGACGACGACAUGGGCUUCGGUCUCUUCGACUAA